CCGCGCCAGCGCUGCCAGUUAAGCGAGCAGAAUGGGCUGUAGUUAGUGGAAUAGGAAAGCUGCAAAACAGUGCGGAGUGGUCUUGCAAAAAAAUUUUCAAAAAGGGGAAAGAGGGGGGCAAAAAAUAAGGAGAGGGAAAAAGUUCUCCAACUCACAGGCUUGCUCCUCUACUGGCCCUGGAGCGCUCUCUACAAAAGGAGACUCCUCUGGACUUUGCGGGGCUGCGGCAACACGCUGCUACUAUUGUUUGAGAUUGCUUUCCCCCCAAAAUAUGGCAAAGGUUCAGGUGAACAAUGUAGUGGUGUUGGAUAACCCUUCUCCCUUCUACAACCCCUUCCAGUUCGAAAUCACCUUCGAGUGCAUAGAGGAUCUGUCGGAAGAUUUGGAAUGGAAAAUUAUUUAUGUGGGCUCAGCAGAAAGUGAGGAGUAUGACCAAGUUUUAGAUUCUGUUUUGGUGGGCCCUGUUCCUGCAGGAAGACACAUGUUUGUAUUUCAGGCAGAUGCUCCCAAUCCAGGACUUAUUCCUGAUGCAGAUGCUGUAGGAGUUACAGUUGUAUUAAUCACCUGCACCUACAGAGGUCAAGAAUUUAUUAGAGUUGGCUAUUAUGUAAAUAAUGAAUAUACUGAAACAGAAUUGAGAGAAAAUCCUCCUGUAAAACCAGACUUUUCUAAGCUCCAAAGGAAUAUUUUGGCGUCUAACCCUAGGGUCACAAGAUUCCAUAUUAACUGGGAAGACAAUACUGAAAAGCUGACAGAUGCAGAGAGCAGUAAUCCAAACCUCCAGUCACUCCUCUCUACAGAUGCAUUGCCUUCCGCUUCAAAAGGGUGGUCAACAUCAGAAAAUUCACUAAAUGUUAUGUUAGAAUCUCAUAUGGACUGCAUGUGACUGAGUACCCAUCCCUUCAGUGCUAUGUAUGUGUUAAGUUGUGUAAAACAAACAAACAAAACCAUACACAGUCCGUCUCCAGCCAGCACCAGAACCUCUUUCCUGGAGUUACAUUAAAGUUACAUAUUAAAAAAAAUGUGAAGACUUUGUUUAAAAAAGCCCCAUAUGCUGUAGAAAGUUUAUAAGGAAAAAAGUAUUUGA